CUCUGUUCUUUCUCUCCACCAGAACUACCUGAAGAGAUUUUUCAACCUGACAGAGGAAAGAGGUCCAUCGUUCAGAAGUGGCAUCAGCUCAGUGUCUAAGAAGCUGAUGGAGAUGCAAAAAUUCUUUGGCCUUCACAUCACAGGGAACCUGGAUGCCGACACCUUGGCCAUGAUGAAGAAGCCACGCUGUGGAGUCCCAGACGUAGAUGUUGCUCAAUUCUCCACUUUUGGAAACAAUCUGAAAUGGAACAAGAAUGAACUCACAUACAGGAUAGAGAACUACACACCAGACAUGCCUGCAGCAGAGGUAGAUGAAUCCAUUGAGAAAGCUCUUCAGGUUUGGGCCAGAGUUACUCCACUCAGAUUCACAAGGAUUUACAGUGGCAUAGCAGACAUCAUGAUCUCCUUUGGUCGUGGUGCACAUGGUGAUUUUUACCCUUUUGAUGGACCUGACGGUACUCUUGCCCAUGCUUUCGCUCCUUCUCCUGGCAUCGGAGGAGACGCCCACUUUGACGAAGAUGAGACCUUCACUUUCCGCUCCAACACAGGCUACGUCCUCUUCCUGGUUGCAGCYCAUGAGUUCGGCCACUCUUUGGGUUUGUCCCACUCCAACGACCCUGGUGCUCUCAUGGCCCCUGUGUACUCGUACCGAAACCCAGACACGUUUGUUCUGCCGCCAGAUGAUGUCAAAGGCAUUCAGUCACUGUAUGGCAAAAAUGAGGAUCCAAUUCCUCCUGGACCAACUGCUCCCCCCACUCCUGAUGUCUGUGAUUCCUCCCUGGUCUUGGAUGCUGUUGCCACGCUAAGAGGAGAGAUGUUGUUCUUCAAGAACGGAUUCUUCUGGCGUAUUUACCCCCAGAGUUACACCCCUCUGCAAAUUCUCAUAACAAACUUUUGGCCCAACGCCCCUGACAGUGUUGAUGCUGCUUAUGAGAGUCAGCAGUCAGACAGAGUCUUUCUCUUUAAAGGUCGUGAAGUUUGGGCUUUCAGUGGCUAUGAUCUGGUACGGGAUUAUCCCAAAUCGAUUUCCAGCUUUGGUUUGCCCAAGGACAUCAAGAAAGUUGAUGCGGCCCUCAAUGACCCAGAGACUGGCAAG